GUGCAGAAAUCGGAACCAGAUUGCACCCAGACCACGGCCCAAGAGGUCCACCGAAUUGCACGCCGAAUAAUCAAGGGCAAGGAGGCUUUCGCAAUAUUCCCAAACUCCUUAAAACUUGGAAAUUGCCGUACUUAAAAAUAGUCUCAUAAUUAAGGAAUACGAUGAUAUUAUUAUAAGUUAGUGAAGUUAAGUAAUUGGUUUACAUAAUUACGAAAUUGAGUUUCGGGGCAAAACGAGAUUUACUCGGGGGUGCAAAUUUUUGCAAGGUUUUACCAAGAAGGAUUUGACAUGGCGGAGUAUAUUACAUUGGAGGGGGAAGCUACCCAGCUUGGUUAUGCGAACGUGCCGAACACCUUCAAGAUCAACAUGUGCGGGAUGAACGUGUCGAAAUUGAUGGUUUCCUUCGAGGGUCCAGCGAAACCGGAAGUGAUGCUGACCAGCCAGCGGGACGGGACGGUGGACUGCACCUACCGCACCAUCGUCGAGGGCGAGUACACCAUUAACGUCACGUUCGACGAGGAACACGUGAUCGGCUCCCCGUCCAAGACACAAGUCAAAGGGGAGCUCAUCGUGGACACGUCAAAGGUCAAGGUCACCGGAGCUGGGUUGAAAGAGGGCAAGAACAGGCAGCUCAAUACGGUCACCGUGGAUCCAAAGGAAGCCAAAAUUACGAGUCAGCUGCAGGUGUACAUGGAGGGGACGAGCAAGCCGGACGUGUCGUACCGGAACAACGACAACGGGACGAGCACGGUGACCUACAAGCCCUACACGAUCGGAGAGUACAAGCUCCACCUCAAGUACAUGGACCAACCCGUCCCCGGAUCACCAUUCACCCUCAAAGUCAAAAAUUAGCGGAAUUUUGAAAAAUUAUCUAACUAUGUAAUCAAUACUUUCCUAUUUACAGAGACGGUUCACGCCAAGAUUUGUAACUGUGUAAAAUGAGUAGAGUUUAAAAAAUCUUGUGCACAAAAAUGUCCUAAAAUUUGGUUUAUUUAUAUUCGGCUGACCAACUUGAUGUGCAUCGAGGGUGUACAAUUCAUAAAGCUGAGCUAGAUUACAGAGUUUAGUCAUUACCUGCCUGAACUAAAUCGAAUUAUUUAUCCAAGAGAAAUUCUUGUGAUCAAAAUGAUGAAAUCAAAACUUGUCUAAAGAGCGAUUCAUGCCAAGCUAUGUAACUGCGUAAACGGUGAAAGUCAUAAAUUUGAGGUAUAAUUUCAACGGAUUAUCAUUUCAUUUUGUUAAAUGUGUAAAAUAGAUAAAUAAUUUUGAAACCGUUACAAACUUGACAUGAACAGUCUCAAUGAUGUUAAAUAUCGGCCUGAGCAAAAUCGACCUAAUUAUAUGUAUUAUAUGAUCGAGAGAGUUGGCCAAUUGAUGGCAAAUUUUUCAUGGAAAUUUGGCCGUACCCCGUUGUUUAGGGACCCUGCCUAAAUUAUGUGAUUUGAUUUGGGUGUCAACAUUAUCAAAUUCUUUAUAUCCGGUCCCUUCUCGAGGAGUCUCACCUCGAACCCAUGAUAUCCAACGUGUUAUUUUUAUUACAAAAAAUCAAAAUUUAAUUAUUCGUUAGGAACAUGUGUGUAUGCACUCACUUUAAAAAAUGUGGUAAUAGUCAAUUACCGAGCGGUAAUAACACUUCAAUUAAUAUGGUAACAAUUAGUAACAAAUCCAACACUAUGCAUGCAGUGCCGGAAUAUGUAUAACUCUACCGGUUUGAUCACGAAACGGAAGUUGUAAAAAUCUUGCUUAACAAGUCCAAAUUGUCAUUACACAUUUGGUGCCAAAUUAUAACCAAGUCAAGUAACAAACUUGAAAGAGUUGGUAAUAGCGUUUGUUAUCUGCAACGUAAAAAAUAUUUGUUAUUUGUCGCCAGAUAUUGUCACCAUACUGUAACAAAGCAAGUAUUUUUAUUACCACAUUAUUUAAAGCGUAGUGAAAUGUAGAAAUGUUCCUAAAUGAGUUUACAAAUUGAGUGUUAAUAAUAUUAGUUAGAUAAAAUUCAUGGAAAAUUAGAAUUACAUAAAAUUGUUACUUAAAAUAUAGUCGAAUCAUGUUGUUAAAUGUGAUGACAAAAAUUAAAAUUAUUCGUUUUUUUGUUUUCGAAUAAAAUUGAAAAUUAAUA